GCAUAAAGGCCCUUGCACUCGAGAACUUGUACUGCGUAUUCUGCUAGUUGUACUGAUCCCGCGGAGAAUAUAUCAGUGUGGAUUUCCCUAUUUGAUACUCGAGCUUCCCUGUGGAGGUACAAACCAACAACUUUCCGAUCCUAUAUGAUUCGAGGGAGACACCAAUAAAGAAACGGCAGCUGUUACAAAACCAAGUGACUCCUGCUGCGCGUGGCAGCGCCCAAGGGCCGAGGGGCGCCCGUUCCCUGUUUCGCAGCCGAUUCCUUCGGCGUUCCAGCGGAGGCUUCGAAGUCGGGAUCCCAAGCGCCAGACCCCUACAUCCUUUUCCCGAGGGAAGCCGCACGUCGCGCCAUCAUCGACGAAAUCAGCACUACACCGACCAGCGUGCAGUGGAGGCGAGAACGCCGACGGGGAGCCUCGUAGUUCCGCCCCAUGAGAGGAAGCCCCACGGGAGCCGCCCCGAGCACAGUGACGACGUCACUGCUGUAGUCCCGCGGGACGAUGGUCGCCACGCCCAGCCCCGCCUUCGCACGGGCUCUCCUCGCCCCACUUCUGCUAUUGCUCUUCUCAGGGAACUCGACCCUCGAGGCGCUCCCUGACGCGGGUCUGCCGCAGGAGGCCAGCCAGGGCAGCCGCAUCAUCCCGCCGUUUUCUCCAUCUCUGGAACGCGCGCGCUCCCUGGGCUCGUCCCCCGUCACGCCGCAGGGGAGAGGCAACAGUGCUUCGCCGGAGAAUCCGCCAAGAAGCCCCUCCCCGGGCACGAGGGAUGGCGCGGAGGCACCCCAGGGCAGACCAGGGGAUGACGCCGGGGCACUGGCACCGUACGGUAAAGGGCUGGGCAGCGACGAGGGCCGGCGCCGGGGAGACGAGGACGUGCCCCCACUGAGCGAGCUGCCCCUCGACGACGACGACGCGGAGCCUGACUGCCCUCCCUCGCUGCCGGAGGGCUACAUCACCUGGAGGAGAGACAGCAGACUGGUCACAGCGACUCUCCCGCAUAUGGUCCCAAGAUCGUGUUUGCCGCCCCUCAAGUGCAGCGUGUCUACAACCGUCCACCGGCGAGUAUUCCUGCAGGACGGAGACACCUUGGAGGUCAUCCUCCAGGCGCCUCCGGACUAUACCCCGCCCACAUCCUCGGAGUACGUCCCUCAACCAACGCCCACCCCGCCCACGCCAGCACCAGUCACAACACCCGUCGCUACAACAAUAGCAGCAGCAUCAACAGCAACAACAACAAUAGCAACUACAACAACAACAACAACGACAACAACAACAGAGAUCGAUACAAAUGAAUGUGUGAAGAGGUUCCAGUUGCGAUCAUCAGCUGCGGUGCGCCUGAUGAGAGUUGUUUUCAAACUUGGGACCGAUGCGAUUAACGUCUCUAUUGUCCGUAGAGUAAACAAAGAAGACUGCUCUUCUUCGGAACAUUUUAUUGCCACUGCAAAGGUUGUGUUGCUGGAGGGGAGCAGCAAGAUUCUGCAGUAA